ACUCGCUCUCUCAGACAAUGGUCUCUCCUCUGCGUUUUCUCUCUGCGUGACCAACGAAGACAGAACCUUAUCGUUCCGUCGACAUUGAAAAUCGAGAGAGAGGUGUUGAUUUGAUUAGGUCUAAUAUUGAUUCGGAUGAAAGGAAGAGAUGGUUACUGAUAGCUACAUGGAUACGAGAUCAAAUUUGACAAGUGUAAAUCGAGGAUCCAAUGUGGAUCUCGAAGAUCGAUUCCAGAGGGAGCUCGAAUCUUUGCUCCAACAACAUCGUAAUCGGCAAACAUUUGGCCGAGAGCGAGAACGAGAACGAGACAUUGAUGUUCACAGAAGCGGAAGCGCGCCUCCUACGGUGGAAGGUUUGUUGAGGGCUAUGGAUAAUCAGUACUUGAACAAUAAUAACUCUGAUCAUAGAGAUGUUGGGAAUGUUAACAGUUUUAGCACUAGCAAUGGCGUUGAGCUUUUGUCUGAUGAUGAGUUACGUUGGCACCCUGAGUAUCUCUCUUAUUACUAUUCGAAUGAACAUUCGAAUCCGAGGUUGCCUCCUCCGUUAUUGUCUAGAGAGGAUUGGAGGGUUGCUCAAAGGUUUCACAACAGUGAGUCUGUGUUUGAUCCUGUUGGGGAAUGGAGGAAGAAAGCGGUUGAAGUCGACAACUCCUCAUCGCUCUUCUCGGUUCAGCCAGGGGUUCCAGUUGAGCAGGCAGAGAAUGAUUUGAUGGAACUGAGGAAUGCUGUAGCUCAGGGCCGCUCUCAGAAGGUGCAGCGGCUAGAUCAAGGCAGAGAAGACUUUAUUGGAUUAUCUGGAUAUCCCGGGCUUGGACCGAGAAGGAAGAGUUUCGCCGAUAUACUUCAGGAAGGACUUGAACGGGAUGCAACCUUAGGCAGCCAACUCUCUCGGCCUGCAAGCUGCAACACUUUUCGGGACAUGAAAGAUUCUGCUGUUUUAUCGAAUUUCAGUGCGGGUGGAUUCGACAGCCCAUUAGCAUUCCAUGAAUCAUUACAUUCUACUGCCAAAAACAGUCCAAAUACUAUGCUUGGGUCCACCAUAAGUUCCCCAGUGCCAAGAAAUAGAACUCCUGACUCACAUCUAGUAGGGCGAUCUCCGGCCUCUGGCCUUCCCCCUAUUGGUACCAGGGUCGGUCCUGUCGAGAAAAAGAAUACUUUUGGCACAGCCAUCCAAAACUCUGAAUCUUACACUGCUGCCGAUGUUGCCGACACAUUGUCGAGGUUGAACAUGUCAGAGAUGAGUCAAGUAAAAGAAAACCAUAUGCAGUCACAGCUUCAAGUGGAAUUGGAGAAUCAAUCUGAUGUCAUGCGUUACAUACCCAAUGGUCAUAAGAAGGCUUUGCGGCAACAAAAUAUUGCUACGGCAGAAUCAAAAGAUCACUUGUUUUCUGCAAAUUAUGGUGGAAUGAGUGGGUAUGGAACAAGUCUUGGAGCUUCUACAGUGGGUUCCCAUGGACAGGUCAACAUCCCUAAACGAACCUCCUCUUCAGCGAGUCUUUACUCAACUUCAGAACAUUCUAGAUUAGGAAGCCUGGGCUUAUCUGAUGUCAAUAUUCGGAAUGCAAAUAUUAAUGGAACAGACUUUUCCACAGCUGGUGGUUAUUUGGCAAAGAACAAGUUGAAUUCAUUAGCUGAGCACUAUUCCGCUGAAGGCUCACAUUUGACUGGGGAAGGGGAUAGACAAAGCUUGAACAGAUUGAUAAAUCAAGUUGCUUCUGAGCUUCACUCUCCAGUUAUGGACCCACUUUACAGCCAGUAUCUGCAUACGGCAUCUUCUACUGCUGCACCAACCGAUCAUUCUCUUAUGAGAAACAAUUUUGGGACUUCAAACGGAGAUACAGCUAAUGAAUACCUCGCGAUGUUACUUGCUCAAAACAGGCAACAGCUGGGUAACCUCAAUGCUGCAAAUUCUAGAUUUUUUGAGAGUCCUUCAUAUGAUCUUGGCAACAUGUAUCUAGGAAACCAUUUGCCUUCUCCUUCCAAGAAUGCAAGAAAUUUCCAGAACAUACAUAUUGGCAGCACGGCAGAAGCAUCCUUACUAGAGGGGUUUAAGAACAACAAGACAAGGUCUUUGGAGCUUUCAGAAAUAGUUGGUCAUGUGAUUGAGUUUAGCAUGGAUCAGUACGGAAGUCGUUUCAUUCAGCAGAAACUUGAGACUGCAACGGAUGAGGAAAAGAAUGCAAUAUUCCCUGAGAUACUUCCUUACGGCCGCACUUUAAUGACAGAUGUCUUUGGAAAUUAUGUCAUUCAAAAGUUUUUCGAGCAUGGUACAAACAAGCAGAGAAAAGAACUCGCUGAACAAGUAACAGGCCAUGUUUUGGCUCUUUCUCUACAAAUGUAUGGCUGCAGGGUUAUCCAAAAGGCGUUAGAGGUGGUUGAAUUGGAGCAGCAAGCUCGAAUGGUGCAAGAGCUUGAUGGGUCUGUCAUGAAAUGCGUUCAUGACCAGAACGGUAAUCAUGUGAUCCAGAAGUGUAUAGAACGUCUUCCUCAGGAUUGGAUACAGUUCAUCAUUUCCUCGUUCUACGGAAAAGUUUUAGCUCUUUCAACACACCCUUAUGGAUGCCGUGUAAUCCAGAGGGUACUGGAGCAUAUUGAUGACAUAGAAACCCAACGGAUCAUUAUGGAGGAAAUCAUGGAUUCAGUCUGUACUCUAGCACAAGAUCAGUACGGAAAUUAUGUUAUUCAGCAUAUCAUACAACACGGUAAACCUCAUGAACGGUCAGAAAUUAUCAAUAAGCUUGCUGGACAGAUUGUGAAGAUGAGUCAGCAAAAGUUUGCUUCUAAUGUUGUUGAAAAGUGCUUAACAUUUGGCGGUCCAGAGGAACGUCAGGUACUAGUGAAUGAGAUGCUUGGUUACACUGAUGAAAACGAGCCUCUUCAGGCGAUGAUGAAGGACCCAUUUGGGAACUACGUAGUGCAGAAGGUUCUUGAAACAUGCGAUGAUCAAAGUCUUGCACUCAUUCUUUCUCGCAUCAAAGUACACUUGAAUGCCUUGAAGAGAUACACAUAUGGGAAACAUAUCGUUGCCCGGGUUGAGAAACUUAUCACUACUGGAGAGAGAAGAAUCGGGCUCUCGUCAUCUCUUGCAGCAAACGCUACUCCUUAACCAUCUCUGACCUAACUAAGCAAAGCAUCUCAAGUUGGUUCCUGUUAUAUAUAUUUUGCAAAUAAUUUGUAAAUAAAAUAGAGGGUUUUAG